AUGAAUUGCCUGAGUCAUUUGGUGGAAGAUAUCAAGAGGUUGAAGGCUCUGUCAGGUUGUUUGGAGCGAUUCGAUUGGAAGGAGUUUUUUAAGACUCGGGCUAUCGACUAUAAAGGAGAUGAAGUCAAGACCGCCCGCCGAUUCAGAUGGGAAAAUAUUGCACCAGCAUUGCCCGCAGAAAUCGGGCGUGUCCCAUUAGACAAGGUGUGUACCUUGGGGGCGCAGCAUUAUGUUACCCAUUUUGAUGCCUUUGUGGGAUAUGAGUUGGCGGGAGAGCUUCCCAGGCCUCCUAAGGUGAUGGUGGAUGAUGAUCACUGGCCGGCCGUUUGUAAUGGGCUGGUCAAAGCUGGUGUCUGUGUGUUCUACCCAGAGGAAGAGCUGUUCCAUUGGAAGGGGCGGAAUUUGGCCCUGUGGGGAGGGUCGCGGGGCGCUGGUGUGGUGGAUGAAGCCAACUGUCCGCACCAGGAAAUCAGGAAGGACCGACCCCUGAGUCUCGGGGGUGAGCACUGGAGGAUCUAUCUUGACAAUUAUGAUCUCCUGGAAAAGGUGGAGGCGACGGGUGUGGUUGGGAUUGAAGGGUCCACUGCACCUGCUGUGCUCUGUCUCCGCCAAGAGUAUGAGCGGUGGGAAAUGCCGCGCAACUUUAAGAAGGCAGUGGCGCGAAGUCCCCAGGCUGAAGUUCAAGGCGCACAGGUUGAUGGCGAGCGGGGGCUUGCCUUCCCUCGGGAGUCGAAGCUCCUGAAAUACAUUGCAGUCGCUUCCCUUCUCUGCCAGCCUCCAGACACCCUGACGCUUCUGCUGCGGAACGCGCCGAGCAGUGCGCUCCCCACGGUGCAGCUGCCGUGCUUCGGGGAGGCAGCUGAAGAGCCUCUCUGGCGACAUGCAGCCCCGGGAUCUGUUCUCCUGGUUGAACUCCACAGCACCGCAGCCGUUGUCGGCACCACUGGCAGCGCAGCGCCGAGUCGAUCGGCGGUGCCGGGCGAGGUCGAGAGCGUGCCGAAGAAGUCGAGGAAGGAGCGGCCUGGCGUUCUGGGUUUGCGCAACAUGGGCAAUACCUGCUAUCUCAACAGCGGGGUGCAGUGUUUGUCCCAAACACCUUUGCUGCAGCAAGCAGUGCUGCAGCAAAAGGAUGGUGGUCCAAAUUGCAGGGCUCUGGCAGAGACGUUUCAGCUCCUAGAGGAUGCGGAAGAUGCGCCGGCGCCGGCGCGCUUGAAGGCGUCAGUGGCUGCGGGCAACCGGAUGUUUGCAGGCAAUGGGCAGCAAGAUGCACAAGAGUUUCUGCAGACCCUACUAGAGGCCAUUCACACUGAACUGAGUGGUGAAGAUGGUCCGUCUUUGGUCCGGGACAUCUUCGAGGGCGAAUUGCGCUCGGAAUUGUGUUGUUCCUGCGGGUCUCAGGACUUUGUGGAGGAUCCUUUCUGGUCCCUGCCGUUGUCGGUGCCAUCAUCUGAGGCGACUCUGGGCAGAGUCCUGGAGAGUUUUUGUGCUGAAGAAGCUUUGGAGGUGUGUUCUUAUCGGACUUUCGUUUUGUUGGCCGGUGCUCUAUGGUUGGAGUUGCGACAAGUGCGCCAGCGCCGCAACGGUUUCGACGUCGGCGACGGCCUCACGGCGGCUGCGGCUGCAACGGGUACCCAAGGUGUUGCAAAUCCAUUUGAAGCGUUUCCACUGGGAUGCCCCGGCCACAUCCAGCCAGCCGGCCCAGCCGGCUCAGCCGGCCCAGCCCAAGUUGCAGGCGCCAGUUCCUCCAGACCCAAAGAUGGCACAGGCAUGACCCUGGCGACAUGCCAAGUAGUGCCGAAGGGGGCAGCCAUUCGCGGGGCCCAUUUGCAUAUUUUGGCAUCAGCCCCUCCUCCCGCCACCGUGCCCCCGGCGGAUGCGGCUGCUCUGGCGGACUGCGACGCCGGCAACGGCGACAACGGCAACGUUCAGCGGGGCUUCCGGCGAUUCAAAACGACGCCCGACGUGUCGGCGCCGGCGCCAAAGAAAUCUCCGACGGUGACACGGCGCUCGCCAGGAGCCCCACGGCAGCAGAGCAUUCAGAUCCUGGAGCCGGAGGAGGUUUUGGAGGCGUUGAAUGUUCCCGAGCUACGCGGACGGAUCAACAGUUUCAGUCCGCCUUACUCCAGUCAUUCGCAAUCCGCUGCGGGGCUGAUCGCCGCUUUUGCUUUGGGGGGUUACUUAGCCUUCCGUUUACCUCCAACGCCUUCACAGAUGGACUUUGACGCUUUGCGCCUUUGGAUGCUUUCAGCGGCCGCUUGGGUGCCUUUAUUGGGCUGGGUCCUUUGGUCGGAUCCGCGCGCACCACCGCCGCGGAAGAGAUCAAUAUCCGGUAGCGUUCCGAAUCCCAUCGCGCGGUGCAAGCACGGCUGUAUUUUUGAGGUGGCGCCCAAAACCAGGCAUUGCCGCAAAUGUGACAAAUGCGUGGCGGGCUUCGACCAUCAUUGCCUUUGGCUCAACACCUGCGUUGGACGGCGGAACUAUCAUCGUUGGUUGCUGUUCCUGUUGUUGUUGUGUUGCUGGACCAUGCUGACCUGUUGGAUCGCCUUUUCGUCCCUGCUGCGUUGCCGCCAUUUGCGCAGUCGCCGCUUCGCGGUGGGGCACCGCCCAGCGGUGCUGCUGCUGGGUCUGCUGGCGGCGCUGGCGACUGCGUGGCUGGUGAUGCUGUUCCUUGGGUCCCGAGGGUGGGGGGGACAUGGGGUAAUGUAA